GGCGGCGGGAUGGGCACGGCGGCGGCGGCGGCCGGCGGCCGGCCCUGAGCCGCCCCUGCGGCCCGGCCAGCCCCGCUGCGGCCCGGGGAGCCCUGCCCCGGCCCGGGCAGCCCUGCCCCGCCCCGGCCGGGCCGCCCGGCGGGCGGAAGAUGCUGCGCACCGGGGGCCGGUAGUACUAUGAUUUGGUAUGUGGCCGCUUUGGUAGCAAGUGUGCUCGGCGCCCGCGGGCUGCCCGUCCAAGGUGCCCACGGCUCAAGGGAGGAACCCGAGUUUGUGACCGCUCGCGCUGGCGAGAGCGUGAUCCUGGGAUGCGACGUCAUCCACCCGCUCACGGGGCAGCCCCCUCCCUAUGUCGUGGAGUGGUUCAAGUUUGGCGUCCCCAUCCCCAUCUUCAUCAAGUUUGGGUUUUACCCUCCCCAUGUGGACCCAGAAUAUGCAGGCCGGGCCAGCCUCCACGACAAGGCGUCGCUGCGCAUUGACCAGGUGCGCUGGGAGGACCAGGGCUGGUACGAGUGCAAGGUGCUCAUGCUGGACCAGCAGUACGACACCUUCCACAACGGCAGCUGGGUGCACCUCACCGUCAACGCUCCCCCCACGUUCACGGAGACGCCGCCGCAGUACGUGGAGGCCAAGGAAGGCAGCAGCGUCACCUUGACGUGCAUGGCCUUCGGCAACCCCAAGCCCGUGGUCACCUGGCUCCGGGAGGGAGAGCUGCUGGGAGCCGAUGGCAAGUACCAGGUGAGCGACGGGAGCCUGACGGUGCUCUCGGUGAGCCGGGAGGACAGAGGCGCCUACACGUGCCGGGCGUACAGCAUCCAGGGGGAGGCCGUCCACACCACCCGCCUGCUCGUCCAAGGACCCCCCUUCAUCGUUUCCCCUCCGGAGAACAUCACGGUCAACAUCUCCCAGGAUGCGCUGUUCACCUGCCAGGCCGAGGCGUACCCCGGCAACCUCACCUACCUGUGGUACUGGGAGGAGGAGAACGUCUACUUCAAGAACGACCUGAAGUUGAGGGUCCGGAUCCUGAUUGACGGGACGCUGAUCAUCUUCCGGGUCAAACCAGAGGAUGCGGGAAAAUACACCUGUAUCCCCAGCAACAGCCUCGGCCGCUCGCCGUCAGCCUCUGCCUACCUGACAGUGCAGUAUCCUGCCCGCGUGGUGAAUAUGCCCCCCGUCAUUUACAUUCCCAUCGGGAUACACGGAUACAUCCGCUGUCCGGUUGAGGCAGAGCCGCCGGUCACUCUGGUCAAGUGGAACAAAGACGGACGUCCCCUGCGAGUCGAAAAGUACUCUGGCUGGAACCUGCUGGAAGAUGGGUCAAUCCGAAUAGAGGAGGCAACCGAAGACGCUCUCGGCACUUACACCUGUGUGCCUUAUAACGCCCUGGGUACGAUGGGCCAGUCUCCCCCUGCCCGACUGGUACUGAAGGACCCCCCCUAUUUCACGGUGCUACCAGGCUGGGAGUACAGACAGGAGGCAGGGAGGGAGCUGUUGAUUCCUUGUGCUGCUGCGGGAGACCCCUUUCCUAUCAUCGCCUGGAGAAAGGUAGGGAAGCCCAGCAGGAGCAAGCACAACACGCUGCCCGGCGGCACCCUGCAGAUCCGCUCCCUCGGCAAGGACGACCACGGCGAGUGGGAGUGCGUCGCCACCAACGUCGUCGCAAGCAUUACUGCCAGCACUCAUCUUACAGUCGUAGGCACAAGCCCUCAUGCCCCGACCGGCGUGCAUGUUGUGGUUGCCAUGACCUCUGCCAACGUCUCCUGGGAGCCCGGCUACGACGGCGGAUACGAGCAGACUUUCUCAGUUUGGUACGGCCCUCUGGUGAAGAGAGCACAGUUUGGACCCCACGAUUGGCUGUCUCUUCCUGUACCAGCUGGUUCCAGUUGGCUAGUGGUGGAUACCUUAGAACCAGAGACUGCAUACCAGUUCAGUGUCUUGGCUCAAAACAAGCUGGGCACCAGCUCCUUCAGUGAGGUGGUCACUGUGAACACUCUAGCAUUCCCUGUAACAACUCCAGAGCCUCUGGUGUUGGUUACCCCACCGAGGUGCCUAACAGCCAACCGGACACAGCAAGGCGUCCUCUUGUCGUGGCUUCCUCCUGCUAACCACAGCUUUCCCAUCGACCGCUACAUCAUGGAGUUCCGCGUCGCGGAGAGGUGGGAGAUCUUGGAUGAUGGCAUCCUAGGGACCGAGAGCGAGUUUUUUGCCAAGGACUUGUCCCAGGACACCUGGUACGAGUUCCGGGUCCUGGCAGUCAUGCAGGAUCUUAUCAGCGAACCCAGUAACAUUGCCGGUGUGUCCAGUACAGACAUAUUCCCUCCGCCUGACCUGACGGAAGAAGGUUUAGCCCGCCCGGUGCUGGCUGGCAUCGUCGCCACCAUCUGCUUCCUGGCUGCUGCCAUCCUCUUCAGCACACUCGCUGCCUGCUUCGUCAACAAGCAACGCAAACGGAAACUCAAGCGCAAGAAAGACCCUCCUCUCUCGAUAACCCACUGCAGGAAGAGUUUGGAGUCCCCGUUGUCUUCCGGCAAGGUGAGUCCCGAGAGCAUCCGCACGCUCCGUCCCCCCUCGGAGUCCUCCGACGACCAAGGCCCGCAGGCCAAGCGGAUGCUGAGCCCCACCAAGGAGAAGGAACUGUCCCUUUACAAGAAGACCAAGAGGGCCAUUAGCAGCAAGAAGUACAGCGUCUCCAAGGCCGAGGCCGAAGCCGAGGCCACGACCCCCAUCGAACUCAUCAGCCGCGGGCCGGACGGCCGCUUCGUGAUGGACCCGGCGGAGAUGGAGCCCUCUCUGAAGACGCGCCGGAUCGAGGGCUUCCCGUUCGUGGAGGAGACGGACAUGUACCCCGAAUUCCGGCAGUCGGACGAGGAGAACGACGACCCCAUCGUCCCCGCCUCCGUCACGGCCCUCAAAUCCCAGCUCACCCCUCUCUCUUCCAGCCAGGAGUCCUACCUUCAGCCACCAGCAUACAGUCCCCGGUUCCACCGGGCCUUGGAGGGCACCGGCGCCCUCGAGAGCCACCUGCAGGCCACCGGCCAGGCCCGCCCGCCCGCCCCCCGGGCUUUCCACCAAGGCCAGUUUUACGGUUACCUCAGCAGCAGCAGCCCCGGGGAGGUGGACCCGCCGCCCUUCUACAUGCCGGAAGUCAGCCCGCUGAGCUCUGUCAUGUCCUCCCCGCCUCUGCCCCCCGAGGGGCCCUUCGGACACCCCACCAUCCCCGAGGAGAACGGGGAGAACGCUUCCAACAGCACGCUGCCCCUCGCCCAGACCCCCACGGGGGGCCGGUCCCCCGAGCCCUGGGGCAGGGCCGAGUUCCCCUUCGGCGGCCUGGAGGCGUCCCCCGUGGUGUUCCCCCAGCAGCUCCAGCAGUGCGACGUGGCCGAGAGCGCCCAGCCCACGGCCUGUCUUCCUCGGGGGCCGCCCCCGUCCUCCCUCCAGGUCCCCGCGUCCUACCCGGGCAUCCUGCCCCUGGAGGCACCAAAGAGUUGGACUGGCAAGUCACCUGGCAGGAGCCAACCCUCUGUGCCCACCACCACGAAAUGGCAGGACAAACCUAUGCAACCUAUGGGGAGUCAAGGGCAGCUAAGACAUACCAGUCAAGGUAUGGGCAUACCCGUGUUGCCUUACCACGAACCGUCCGAGUCAGUCGGCCACAGCGGCACAAGCACAUUCAGCCUGGACACCAGGUGGUAUGAGCCCCAACCCAGACCUCGGCCCAGCCCUCGGCAAGUCAGGAGGGCUGAGCCCAGUUUACAUCAGGUGGUGCUACAACCUUCGAGGCUUUCUCCUCUGACCCAAAGCCCCCUCAGCUCCCGCAACAGCUCUCCGGAGCUGACCGCCCGUGCCCGGCCGCGGCCGGGCCUCAUCCAGCAGGCCGAGAUGUCGGAGAUCACUCUGCAGCCCCCCGCGGCGGUCAGCUUCUCCCGCAAGUCCACGCCGUCGACAGGAUCCCCCGCUCCGAGCAGCCGGGGAGAGAGCCCCAGCUACCGACCCACCACGGCCUUCACCUCUCUGGCCACUGGCUAUUCUGGCUCCCAGGGCUCCUCCAUGCCCGUGGACACCAUGGAUGUUUUUGGAGAAAUUCCCUCUCCGAGGAGGGCUAGCGAGGAGAUUCUCAGACCGGAGCCUACACCGACAACGGUAGCCACUUCGGGAAAACGUCCAUCUCCGUCCCGGGACGCUGCUGCACCUGAGAGGCUCGAAGCUCUGAAAUACCAGCGGAUAAAGAAGCCCAAAAAGUCAUCCAAGGGCUCCUCGAAAUCCAGAAAACAAUCCAAUGGUUCUGCCUCCCAGGUUCAGCAACUUCCCAGCUCUCAGGUACUGUGGCCUGACGAAGCUGUCUGCCUCCGCAAGAAGAAGAGACACCCUCGUCAGGACCCCUUCGCCCGCCUCUCGGCGCUCAAAGAUGACCUCUGUCACCGGCAGCUCCCUGAAGACCAGACAGCGAUUCUCAACAGCGUGGACCACGACGACUCCGGCGGGCACGCCACCUUGCUUUAGCCUAGCGCCCGCCCCAGAAGGUGUUUUGAGCAGAUGGCCCCCUGCUUUUCAUGGUCUUCGACCUUUAGAGGCUGGAGCUGCAGCCCUCUCUCUUUCAGCUGUGUGCCUGCCAUGAUGCUGGAAUGGGGAAUCCCGCCAGGGCGCCUCAUGGAAGAAUCUCUUUCCUAAACCAUCCUUAACUCCUUCCAACAGCCUCUUCUCCACCUUCUUGGUUGUGGCUGCUGUCGUGGUCAGUCGGUUUGGACAAAGGGGAGCAGGCCACGAAGGGAGAAAAGGUUGUCUGUUCCCCGCUAGACCAAGUCACCUUGCGAUAGACUCUUGCCGCGUUGCUGGGCCCCGCUUUGGCAGAUGGUCUCUCCUUUUGCUUUGGCAACUUCCUCGCUUCUCCCAGCCCUCUGGUUUCCAUGCCCUUCAGGGGGUUUCUUCUCUCCUCCUGCGGACCCGGGACAUUGAAGCUGUGUCAGAUGAUGCCCCAUUUCAUCCCUGUUUGAACUCCGUUUUGUUUUGGUGGUUUGCAAACACAGCUGCUGCUUUCUUUUUUCUUUUGUGCUGCAAAAAUAUAUCUUUAUCUUCA